AUGGAGAAGAAAACAAUUCUAGAAGAACAUUUAAAGAAGUCACAACAGAAUAAAAUAUCACCAAUCAAUUACAAGAGAAGAUUCUUUGUUCUGACAAAAUCAAACAUUUCUGAUUAUGAAUAUGGCAAAGAAAGUGAAGGGGGAUCAAUUAGGAUUGAGAAAAUUCAAUUUGUUAAGACAGUGAAUAUUGAGGAAACAAUGCCUCCUGCAAGACAGUAUUCUUUUCAGGUUAGCCAUGAAAUUUGUUACGUUUAUGUUUCUUCUUGUACUGCACCACCUUAUCAUUUAUUUCAUCAGUCUUCAAAAUGGGAAGCGCAGAAGCCCGUCCUGCCCCCAGGGCUGCCACCAGACAAGUCAGCCCUGAAUAUGGCUGUGGCUCAAUGCAACCAUGAAGGCAGAGGAAAUUCAGCUAUCCAGCUUGUCAGAAGCAAUAAAUACUGUGUAUCACAAGAAAAUCAUUCUGACUGGUGGAAAGUAAGGGAUUUGGAAGGGAUUUUACCAAGUACUUACUUGAAAAAGCUGCCUUGGGAUGAUGAUAAGCCAAGGGAAAACUCCAAUGUCUGUGAACUGACACUGGCAGAAGAGCAGAGUAUUGCUAAGUUUGAGGGAAAAGAAGGUGCUUUCCUGGUUUACUCUGGCUAGGCAGGGAUUUACACAGUGUCUGUAUUCAACAAGUUGCUGAUGUUUUUAAUUAGUAAAAAAGGAGCAGUUAAGCAUAAAUGUGUACAAACCCCUGGGAAGAAGUACUACCUCCAUGAAAAUUACCGCUUGGAAUCAAUUCCCAAAAUUAUAUACUACCACCAGCACAAUUUAGCUUUCUGGAAGUAUGAUAUCCCCCAUCCCAAGGUGUUCUGCUCCAGAGUGGAGCUGGCAGGUCUGCAGCACUGCACGCUGCCUUUGUGGGCUGUAGGCUCAGGAAUUACUGUGCCACUUCACAGCACAGACAUCCAGCAUACCUCCAGAAAGGCUGCUAGGAACUGUUUGAUUGACAGCAAACUUACUGUGAAAGUACCUGACCUUGGGAUGACAAGGGAUGUUGUGGAUAACCUGUGUAUAAAUUCUCUAGGAACCAAGUUUCCAGUGGAGUGCUCAGCAUCAGAAGCUUUUCAUCACACCAAAUUUAGCAGCAAGUCAGAUUUAUCUUGUAUUUCUUGACUUUAAUUUCAUGUCUUAAUGUGGGAGGUGUUUACUUUGGGAAAGCAGGCCUAUGAGCUUCGUGGACUGCAGAAAGCUUCUCAAGGAUAGAGACCACAGCAGGUUCCAAACAUCACCUACCAGAAAAUGGACAACUGCUGGUAUGAGCUACCAGAACAGCACCCUGCCUUUUAUCAGCUGUUACCAUUCUUUGAGGCAUUGAGAGAAGGCAACAGAGCUUGAAAAAUAAGAUUCAGAAACAGAUGACUGUGCAUACUGGCUCCACAUCACCUGCCUGCUCUACAAGAGCUGAACCUGAAAUCUGCCUGACAUUAGCCAACCUUAUUAUUCUGUAUUUUAGUGUUCUUCUCGUUUAAUCAGGGGGCUGACCAAGAAGCAUAUGGAGAAAGCAUUUCUGACACUCUGUGGAUGACAGAAUUUGAAAGGAUACUGUGGAAGAAUAUAAUUUAUUUUGUUAGCAUUUUUUCAAAAGACUUCCCAGACACUGAGAUAUAUAUACCAAUUAUGUGCACUCCUUCAGUGCCUCCAGAUUGUCAUUAUUUGGCCUUAACUGGAAAUGUAAACAGGGAAAUAUAUCCUUGCUAGGUUUUCUGAUUAUCAUAACUCAUCUGAAUGUGUUUUUUUCUUCAUAAUCACUUGAAGCUGACACCUAAAGUUGAAUUUAGAACUACUGCAAGUGACAGCAACAUAAAGAAAUAUAGUCUCACUUUCAAUUACUUAGAAAUUACUACAGGUAAAAUAUUAUAUCUGUUUUCUCACCAGUGUUAUUGACUCUAGUUUUGGCCCGCGGGGUAUAUAUUUGAUUUGGAACUCAUUCUAAGCUGCAUAUUUAGGAUAUUUUCAAUUUAGCAACAUAUGAGGCAUCGAGUAGAGUGUUAGUGCUUCCUGCAAUAACAGGUAAAAAUAAAGAAAAUAAUGUUUUAUGCAGAAUUCUAUAGUCACUUCAACAGUAAAUGGUAAAUUUGCUGAUCUCUAUAAAACUUGAGAAGAAAAAAUUUGAAGAUAAAUGAAAAUGCUAUUAAUAUUAUUGCUUAGCCAAAUACUUUACUACAGAGGCACUGAAAUUUGUCUUCUGAUGUUAGUGCUUAAAUAGGAGCACCCAACUUUCAAAUGUGCUCAGCACUACAAAAAUUUGUGCUAACUUCAGCAAGUCUUGAGAUACAGAUACAUCUGAAGCCACAUAACAGAGGCAUCUAAACUUAGGCACUGACAGUUGUAAAAUGCUGAUAUGUAUAAUAAUAAUGUAUAAUGAGGCUUUAAAAUUGAGUAAUUUCUGAAAUAAAUCCUUUUCUUUCUCCCAUAUCUGAGCCAGUUCAGCAUGCAAUGCCCUUAAGAGUCCCAGUGAUGUCUGCUUGCCCCUUUCCUGAUGGAGCUGGCCCAGCCCUAACAGGGACCCCUCUGCAGCUCUAGUUUGAGCUCACCUAAGGAAUAAGAAAUGCAGGGUGCAGACAUGUGAGGAAAGAGCAGAAAGAAAUGAAGGUCUCUGGCCAGACAGAGGCUCCCAUGCCUGUCCUUGCCAGCACUGCUUGGUCCCAGCACAGGAAGCUGGCUCAGAGAGCAUAUCCUUGUCUACCUGGGGAGCUGCAGGUGUGUUUGAGGGAAAGCAGCGUUUGGGGUGAUGCAAAUGACCUUGGGGAUCUGUGCAGGGCUUGAUCUGAUGCUGCCCAUGGACCAACCUGGCCCAAGCAGUGCUGACUCAGAAGAAGGGUCAGGAAGGAGUGCAGACACUGAGAAAGCAGGAGGAGGAGGGCUCCCCCAGCACAGAAGGUGUGAGCUAUUGGUGGGCCUAAUGCAUGCAAGUGAUUUUUUUCAUAUAAAUGUUGUCUUUUUUUAUGUUCUUCCAUAUUCUUAUAGCAACUUUAUGUGUUGAUAAUUCUGAAUGGUGUUUUUUGUUUAUCUCAUAGCACAGCUUUUAAAAUUAAUUGUAUUGAAAUUAUGGCUUUGUCAUAAUGAAAAAGUUACUCUUACAACAGAUCUGAAGAUGGCUGGCAUGACUAAUUACUGUAUUUGAUUGUUUUCAGAAUUGCCAUUUCUUUUCUGUUUUACAGCAAAGUAGGAAGACCACAAAUAGUUGAUUUAUUUAUCCUAAAAGUUCAGCUCAAGUACUAAGGUUUGGGACUGUUAUGGCAAUGGAAUAUGUGGUAUAGAUAAGCAACUUUAAAAAAGUAUUUUCCUUCCUUUGCAUUAGUGUCUAGCUUGCUGUUAAUUAUUAAGCAUCAUCUGCUGGCCAUUUUGAGCUGCUUCAUUUAAGGGUCUUGUGUCUUAAACAGGAAAUGAAUGUGGAGCAUGUGAAGCCAUAGAGCCCAGAGGUAAUCUUCAGAUAAAUGUUUGGCUGCUUUCUACAGAUUGUGAUCAUUUUGGAGGCCCUUGAUUUUAAGAGUCCAUGCAUUUUCUGAGCAUUUUUCAUGCAGGAUCGUGUUUGCUACUGGUUCUUUAUCGGAAUCUGGGACUGACUGUCAGAAAACCUUCUGGUUUUCAGUGUCUGGGUGUAUACAUAAAGAAAACACACUGGCACGGUUGCAGCUACAGUGGGGGACCUUCAAGACUCAGAAUCAUAGAAAAUCUGGCUGAAAGGGUCCUCUGGAGGUCAUCACCAAACUUCUCAGUCAGAGUGGGAUUAUCCCCACUGCUCCAUCGUGCACACCUUCACCUACCUGAUCUCUGAACACUUCUAAAGGUGGAGAUCACACAGCCUCUCCCAGAGUACAGAGUAGCAAACCUGGUCCAGUGCUGAUCUACCCUCCAUGUGAACUGAUUUUGUUUCUCAGGUGCAACCAGAAUUUCCCAAGCCUUAAUCUACUGGCCCUUGUAUGUAAUAGCAAAAUUGUAUUUGUUGUACACAGCAUUUGUAAUGCAGUAUUUAUAAUAGUGGAGGCAAUGGCCAAGGUAUAGGGAAAAAUAACCAAAACCACUUUGAUCAUUUAGUAUUUAGGAAGUUUCCAUUUUUAAUACAACAUAAAAGAGCUUUUUUUCUUUUUUUGAGGGAGCAUGGGCUAUUUUGUUUCUACAAUACUUAUCAAGAAAACAGUUAGAAAAAUAACUUAUGAUUUUCUAAUAAACCUCCAGUGCUUGUUAGUCUUCAUCCAGUACCCAUUUUACAUUGAUACAGAUUUCUUGAAGGUGCAAAAAUUGCAGUUAUAUCAAAUUGAGUUCUUUAUCACUAAGGUUCUUCUGAUAGUCAAGGGAUUUUUCAUCACUUUU